GCACAAACACAUGCAUGCAGAGAGUCUGCCCACUUUCCUUUAAAGGGUGUCAUUGUUUCUGUUGUGGCAGAAUAAAGUUUUUAUAGAGAGAGUCUAAAAUGGCUUGCUAUCAGGGCUUCAGCAAUGAUCAGAAAGGGAAUUCAAAGCCACAUAUGAAGUCGAGGCCUGUGAUGAAAGAUAUGUUGAAGAAACUUGACUCUGUUGUUGACUGGCAACUGCUUAUGAUCAGUAUGGGAGUGGAAAAGUUUGAAAACGAUAAGAUAGAGAGAAAUUUCCAGGGGGAUAUUGAUCGACAAAAACAGGAGGCCUUUGACAAGUGGUUGAGGAUGAAGCCUGAUGCUUGCUGGAAGGAUGUUAUUGAUGCUCUGUAUGAAAUGAAGGAGAUCACCCUAGCUAAUAGUCUUGCUAGGAAGUACGACUGGAAAGAUCCAAGGGUAUUUGUAAGCUGCAGCUUUUUAUGUACCUCUGAGGCUGCUCGCGUCACUGCCAAUAAAAUUAGCGAUAUACCGUGUCGAAGAUUUCUUCCUCAACUUGCUUCUGGACUAGAAUACUACACAUUUGGAGAUGAAUCAGUACAACCUGAAAAAUUAGCAGCAGCGAGGACAACUCGAUUCUCACGUAUCUUGCAGAAUGUUCCACGCCCCCACAGUCUGGCAGAUUUCUUUAGUAGCAUUGAGGAAAGUAGCAGUAAGGGAGACUUCAAAGUUGGACUUGAAGCAAGGUUUGGACAUUUGUACUGGAAACUAAAGCCAGAGAUGAUACUUCCUGCUAACUCAACUAGUGAGGACUGGAUAAGUUCUAGAUUGCUUCGAAAAACGGCCUUUAACACCGAAGUGGAAGAAGCUGAUGUUGGACAACUGUUUGCUGGGAAAGAGCAGCUCGGGAAAGAGGUCACUAAAAUAUCUGUGACGUUUAAAGUUGAGGGUCAAGAUGAAGGGAGAUACUCAGCUGUCAUUGCUGCAUAUGAAGAUGGUGACAUGUUUUGCCUGGAUGCAGUGUACAGAAAACCAGCCAUUGAAAAGAGAGCAAGAUUAAAUACUGCUCUACCAGGACGGAAGUAUGACUUCAGGAUCUCUGACUGUACUGAGUGUAUCUUGUUGGCUGAGCACCAAAACAGUAUACCGUUUCAGAUGGCCCGAAAUAUUACUGAUGCUUUAUGCAGACUUCCUAAUAGAAAACUUAAUGUCAUUCUUCGGGGCUCAUCACCAAAUAAUGAAAGCUCUUGGAAAGUUGAGUUUAUUCGACAGCGUGUGCAAAGGCAGUACGAAUGGAAACCAGAGAAAAAGUGGAUUUUAGCCCGGUAUGAUGUUGAUGUCUUAGACUAUUAUGACACAAAGCAAGCUGUUGUCGACAGUGCUCCACUGAAUGAAGGAGUGGAUAUAUUGGAGUUUGACUACUCAAGGAAAGAAGUUGAGCUUUGGGCUCAGAAGAUAUUCCCAAAAAACAUUAGCAGCACCCAUCCUUCACGAGACAAGUACUACUACAUGGAAGGGAUUGAGGGAGUGCGACUGCCUGGGGGGGAACUGAGGGAGCCAUACAAUUGGACCACUGAGGAACUGUUGAGAGAUUUCGAGGAGUUUCUGGGAGAUGUAUUCAAGAUUGCUCACAUCCUCGAUGGGUCACCUUACUGAACUAAAGCGUAUCAAUUAACAUUUAUUAUUAAAUAGCGUGGUAUUAUGCAGCUAUAGAUUUACUUCACUGCCACUGCAUUUCAUUUAGUACGUUCUAUGACGUUCCUGAG